GAUCCGUCCGUCGCCAUGUCUCGCACGGGGAGCCGCCUCGCGUCCGCCGUGGUGCGCCUCCCCGGCCGCUCCCGGGUCUCCGCCUCGCCCUCCCCUCGCCGCCGCUCCAUGUCCCCGUCGCCCUCCCCGCGCCGCCAGCGCCGCCGCGACCGGUCCCCCAUCCCCUCCCGCGACCGCCGCGGCGAGAGGUCCCCCGUCCCCUCCCGCGACCGCCGCGGCGAGAGGUCCCCCGUCCCCUCCCGCGACCGCCGCGGCGAGAGGUCCCCCGUCCCGUCUCGCGACCGCCGCCGCGACCGGUCCCCUAGCCCCUUCCGCGACCGCCGCCGCCAGUGGUCGCCCUACCACAACGAGCGCGGCCGGGACAUGGACCGGGUUCGGGACGUGGAGCCCCCGGCGCGCCGCGGCGGCGGUGGGGGAGGCGAAUGGUCCGCCUCCGACGACGACGACGAGGAUCUCAAGGGCCUCACCUACUUCGAGUACCGCCGCGUCAAGCGCCAGAAGCUCCGCAAAAGCCUGAAGAAGUGCAUCUGGAAAGUCACUCCCAGCCCUCCUCGCCGUGACGACGAGGCCGACGAGUACCAGUACAGCGAGGAGGAGGAGGAGAAGAAGGAAUCGCCCAAGAAGGACUCGUCUGACAAGAGCGAUGAGGAGAAGAAUAAGGAUUCGUCGGAAUCUGAGUCCGAUGCGUCUGGUAGCUUAUCUGAUUCCAGUGAAUCAGAUUAUUCUAGGAAGAAAAAGAAAGGGCGUAAGGGCAGACGUUCUAGCAGCAAGCGUAGCCGGCGUGCCCAUCGUCGCCACAGGAAGUCUGAUAUGGAGAGUGAGAGUGACAGCAAGGAUGAGGAUUCAGAGGGUUCCUAUGACUCUGAAGAUUCUAGGGAUAAGAAGAGGAGUAAGAGAUCUUGGAGGCACAAGAAGUCUAAGAGGAGGGGACGGAGCUCUAAGAGGAAGAAGAGUAAGAGUUUGGAUGUUCCAUCUGAUGCUAGCUCUGAGGAGGUGGAGGUUGUAGGCUCUAGCCCUAUCUCAACGGACAGCAAGAAAACGGGCAAGAGCUCAAGGAAGAAGAGUAGCAGUCAGUCUGAUUCUGAAGAUUCGAUCCCUUCUGAUGCCAUCAUUGAUGAAAAGGAAAUUGAAGAGACAGAUGAGCCAGAGAUUGACCCAGAGGCAAUUAAGUUCAAGGAAAUGCUUGAGGCUCAGAAGAAGGCUGCACUGGAGAAUGAGAUGCCUGUUGGACCGAUGCCACUCCCGCGUGCAGAUGGUCAUAUUAGCUAUGGUGGUGCACUGAGGCCCGGUGAAGGUGAUGCCAUUGCACAAUAUGUACAGCAGGGGAAGCGUAUCCCACGGCGUGGUGAGGUUGGUCUUUCUGCGGAUGAGAUUCAGAAGUUUGAAGAUUUGGGGUAUGUGAUGAGUGGAAGUAGGCACCAGAGGAUGAAUGCUAUCCGUAUAAGGAAGGAAAACCAAGUUUAUAGUGCAGAGGAUAAGAGAGCACUGGCCAUGUUUAACUACGAGGAGAAGUCAAAGAGAGAGCACAAGGUUAUGGCUGAUUUGCAGCGCUUGGUUUCAAGAACCAUUGGCCAAGAGACAGGACCUUCGCAUGAUCCAUUUGCUACUACAGAUGACUGAGUAAUUAUUUCUAGCUAUUUUACAAGAAAUGGUUGCCACUAUUAGUUAUGCAUGUUUUUCCCGUUGUUCAUGUAGUACUAGUGAUGUCGGCUUUGCAUUUUUGUAACUUCUGUUUUGUGUCGACUGUACUUACCUUAUGCUUAUCAGUUAUUACUCUUUAUUCUAUAUGUGAUUAUGUGUUAA